UGUUCGUCAUGGUGCAAUGAUUCGAGCCAGGCUUAGAACAUGGCAUUGAGAAUAUUUAUCCAAGUUCCUCAAAAUCACUGUCGCACACACCCCAUUCCUCACCAAAAGCAAAAGAGAAAAAGGUAAUCAUCAUGCCGUCAUGUCUCACCAAAGCUCGCCCUCCCAGUUCUAAUACCUGCAAAAGGAGGGGGCAAAUAUGGAGGGCAUUCAUUUCCCCUCUUUAAAUAUACCCUUUUCAUAUCCCUUCUUUCCCCCCUCCUCCGCUCCUCCUUUCCACCUGAAGAGAGUAAUAGAUUUGAAUCAGGAAAGAACUAUUAUUAGAGAGAGAGAGAGAGAGAAAGAGACAUGAAGGAGGCCAUAUGGUGUUGCAUCUCCUGCAUCCUGCCGUGCGGCGCGCUGGACGUGAUCCGUAUCGUGCACGCGAACGGGCGCGUCGAGGAGAUCAGCGGCACCGUCAGCGCCGGUGAGAUCAUGCAGGCUUACCCCAAGCACGUAAUCCGAAAGCCACCCUCACCGUCGUCGUCGGACGGCGCCGACAUCCCCAAGGCCGUGGUGCUGCCUCCCACCGCCGAGCUGCAGAAGGGGAAGAUAUACUUCCUCGUACCGGUGACGUCCGCGGCGCCAGAGAAGGCCCGGUCGCAGACGCCCGGAACGAGGAGGAGGAAGAAGAAGAAAGAGGAAGCAGCGAAUGUCGACGUGGCUGCGACGGACAAGACGAGGCUGCUUCUCAGCGACCAGUACUUGUCGGAGAUCCUAUCCGAGAAGGUGUCGACGCAGAGGGAGAGGCGGCGACGGAGAGUGGGAGUGUGGCGGCCACAUCUGGAGAGCAUCUCCGAGGUUUCCAAUGAUCUCUGAACACGGUCUUCCUUUUCCGUUUAUCCUCUCUUCAAGCAUCUCCUCCGCUUCUCCAAGAGAUGGUAAUAUCGCUGUAAAGACAUACACACACCACCUUUCUUGGCUUCCUACUCAUAUUUUCCGGUGUUGGAUGAUACGAGAGAGAGAGAGAGAGAGAGAGAGAGAGAGAGAGAGAGAGAAGAGUGUGCGAGAAGACCCCCACGUUUCCACUCCUCCUUUGUUCAGUAUCUUCCGCAAGAUAUGAAAGGAUCCAAUCAUUGCUAGUACAGCAGUAGCCUCAAACAUUGUACAACUUCAUGCAGAAGGAAUUCCGCAAGAAAUCGCCUUCCUAUUCUCUGA